UUCUUCUCUGCUCAUCGCGCGACGCGAACAAUGUUCAGAAAUAUCUUAGUCAUCAACGUGGUUAGGGUCUGUCCGCUUCGGGCCGGCGGUCGUCGGGAUUCUCGCGAAUAUUUUUUUAGAGAACAAAAGAAGAUAUUUGAUACUGUUUCUCACUCGGCCGGUCUUUAACGUGUACUGAACCUGUCUUGUUGCGAAAAAGUAGAACGAGAAAGAGAAUAUUGCUUCAAGUGCAUAACAUAUAUCUAUACAUAUCAAAGGUAAGUCCGGCUGGUGGCUCAUUGCGAUGCUUUGGACCCCGUCUUUUGGUUGCGGGUUGCUCAUUUGCUCGGGACAGCGACUGAUCUCUUUUUGUUCUUCGUGGUUAUAGAUGCGGACGUCCGUUGCUAUAGCCUCUGCUGCGGCCCUUGGUGCAGUUUCCUACGCUAUAUACUUUGACUACCAGCGACGGAACUCGCCCGAAUUCCGCCGACGCCUGCGCAAGUCCGAGAAGAAGUACCAGCAGUCGAUCGAGAAGAGCAAGAAGAAGGCUUUUGAGGAGUCCAAGGGCGCUCUCAAGCUGGCCAUCAUCACUAGCUUGACCGAGGACCCUAUCCGUGUCUCGAGCGCACAGGAGUUCGAGGGGUUUAUGAUGAAGGAGUUGACUGAGAUUGACGCCUACAUUCGCGAGGGUGGCAAGCGCAUUAACGAGAUGGUCGUGUGCAUGUACCGUCUGCUUGUUGUCCACCCCAUGCCCCAGCAGAUCAUGGAGGCUCUGAAGGAGACCGUUCCUGCCGAGGCGAUGCUUAGCUUGGCUGAGGUCAUGAAGGACCUUCCUCUUGAUCAGAUCAAGCCCACGGGAUCCGCGGAGCCUGAGACCCCGGCGGUCGAAUAAGCAUUCUAAAUCCCUGGACUUCCUUUCUUGACGUGUAUAAAAAUAUAUAUACAGAGAUACUACACCAUAAACUCAUUACGACGUGAAUAGACUUACGAAGCUGAAACGAAGAAAGUUAGUCUACCCCGGCGUGAAGAACAACAAAACGGUGUUUGUCGUCUGUGUUUUCUUCUGGUGGUUUAUUUUGUUUUGUUUUUUUGCCUAUAUUUCUGUUUUGUUUCUCUUUGCAAGUUAACAGUGGGAUCCGAUCGAUUUACGGAGGACUUUUCUGCUCUCUUUUCUUGUUGCCGAGAAUGCGACGAGUUCUUGUUUGUGCUUAUGAUGUAUAUAUCUGUAAUUGAGUCCUGCGACAUCCCCCUCUCUCCGAUAU